UCUUUUAGUAAUAAUCGCUCAGUGGCACGGACAGGUAUUGAGGAACAUGUUACUCAUUAAUAGUGUCUUUAAAAAUAAGGUUCCGACUUGCAUCUGUUUUACAGUUUGUUGUUUUACGUUCUACCAGCUUUAUGCACGUCACGUUGGACUUAAUGCGGCGCUGCUACGCGUUUGUCAUUAACUCCUCGGAGACAUGCGUUUAGUCUUGUAAAUAUAUUUUAAUUAACAGACCCAGUUUUCCUCAGAUCAAACUCUGAUAUGUUUAUUUUCAAGUGCAUUUAAGACACCUCAGUUCAUUUAUGCGGGACACACGUUUAGUCAGCAUACAAAUGCACGUUUUUUGUUAAAGUUAAUCGCGGUUGGCUUCAGUAAUGCUUCCAUGCAACGGCGUUUCGAGGAUCAAAUUGAAGAGGGACUCGUUUAAGCUCGAUAACAAGUUAGAGCCGACUAAACGCAGAUGGACUGGACCUAAAACUGUGUCUGGUUUAAAUCCACUUGCCGAUCGUGGCAUACAGGUACAAGAACAAUCCAGCUCUCCAGCCCCGGAGGCAGCAGAUGUCGUUUCCCCAAAACGAAACGCCAACCAAACCUGCGCCACAGCCGACCACGACCCACCGUCCCAAUUUGACGGGCAAGCGAGCUCCAAACAAGACGGUCAUGCUGAACAUGACGGCUGCGGAGGGGGUUAUAAUCAAGGUACUUUCCCAUCUACAGUCAGUGGCUCUAGUAGCUGUCAAGGAGGAGAUACUAAAGCUCAGGGUACCUGUACAAGGAGUGAACCGCAGUCCAAAAAAACGAUGAAACGGUCCUCCGAGCAUAAAAAAGAAUUUUUCUACCGUUUGCGUUUAGCGUUGUGCUUAAAACGUCGAAAUGGCGGGAAGAGCGUGAGACACGGGCCGACAGACGUGCAGUGUCACGGUCUGUCGUAUAUAAACAGUAAAGUGUCGGUUGAGUCAGAUAAUAUUUCUAUUAAAUCGACGGUCUGUGAGGAGUCAGUGGAACAAACUCCACCUGCCCAACUAGAUCAAAAAAGUGGCGGCCCAGAGUGUUUGGGGCAAGAAAAGCCUCUUCGCGGAAGAGGAAGUCGGAGGAAACUGUUUAUUGAUCAUUUUGAUGGGCCUGAUGGACGUGUGAAAACUACCAUCAAGACGGAAGUCCGGCGAGCCCAUGCAAGUAAAGCCAGGCGCGGUAUAUCUGGACGUACAGCAAAUAUCAGUUCAAAACUUGAGCUGAGACGACAACUUAGGUCAGACACAAGGAAAGACCGCAAACGAUUGGUGAAAAAUUCAUGCUGUGCUUUGUGUGGUGAUGUAAAAUACAAUCCUCCCCCUAUUAAGAAUCUGGCCCGUUUACUCACUCACAGAUCUAGAGCUGACCACCCCAACCCGACUGUGUGGCGGAAAGAUGCUGGUCAUAUCCCAGAGUCCCCGACCACGAUGAAUUUCCGCUUCGAGAAAUACCCUGUGGUGAAUCUGUGUGAUGUAGCCAGAGUGUUUGACAUAGCCUCUCGUGAUUUCUCAUGCGUCUUACCAGCAGUACUAAGACAAAAGAGGAAGUGCAAAAGAGUGCAGUGCUUAAGGAAAGAAUUUGAUUUCCUUGCGCAUCUCAACGGGAUCAAGGAGUGUAGAAGUAAGAUUGCCAACCAGUCCUGGGAAGUUUCCACACCAACCCAUAGCUGUGCUUCUUUUUCAUCAGGUGAUCCACCAUCUGGAGCUACAGGCAGCACGUACAUUUCAGACACAGAUGGAUCUGUCAAGGAAUGGGAUGCUUGUCUUGCAAGGAGUCCAGACUGCGAGAGUAUGAGACAGACCGACGUCGAAGGAACCAGCUCUGUACUCCCAGGGUGUGAAGACAAUGGUCCCGUUGUGCAUUUCUGUGAGCAAGACAUAGCCUGUCCAGUGGUAAAUAUCUCUGAAAGUCCUUCCACCCCAGUGCUUCGUGUACCACCUCUAAUACUCAGACGGGUUGCUGUCAAUGGUUUCAGAUGUGAGGAUGAUGCUGAUGAGGAGAACAGUGGAAAUUCACUGGAUGAAGAGAAAGAGGAAGACAGUAGUAACAAGGAUUCUGAUGGUGAAGUAAACUCACCUGAGAGUUUCUCCUGCCAGCGAGUGCAAGCCUACAUAUUUUUCCCUCAAUCAUCAUGCGCUCGUACAUGCAAAACCUGGCCCUUCCCUAGAACGGGCCCUCCUGACGAACUCAUGUCAUCGCUGCGCACUGGACCCCGCUGGAUUGCGACCACCACAGUUCCUGCCAUCGUUCAGACAUCGUUCAGUGUAGCACCUGAAUGCAUAACAGAAAACGACAUUCAAAAUGAACUCUCCAAACCCGCAAAGGAAAGCAAAAGCAGUGAUGAAACAAGAGAACUACUGGCGAGGCAACCACUUUGUUUGUCUGUGCAUCAACCACAUCAAAAUGAAGCAGAAAGUCUUAAUCCAAGUAGUACAAUAACUCAAGACAGUUUUAUUUUGAAACCUGCAGACUACAACAGUUGCAGUUUAGAAAGUAGAGACGUACUGGAGUGGCAGCCAUCUGCUUCAGGCAAAAUGCCUCCCACUUGCACACUUGAAAGGACUCCAAACGAUCGAGCAGAAAGUCUUAAUCCAAGAGUCACAUUUGUAGACCACAACAGUUGCAGUUUAAAAACUCGAGACAUACUGGGGGAGCAAAAAUCACCAACUUGCACGCUUAAUAGCACUCAAAGGGGUCUGGCGCAGAGUCCGAAAGUCAUACUGACUCGUGUUUCCAAAGCUGCAGAGCUUGAGUCAAAUCAAAGUCUAAAGAAGGCUUUGGAGGAUGUUCUUGAGUCGGCACCUGUAGUGACUGAACAGGUUAACAGCUGCAAACAUAAUGGUGUUGGCUAUGCAACAUCAUUAGAAAACAGCAGUCUUUUGAAAAGACAUUGCCUGCUUAAAGCAUCUGAUCAGACGGCGCUUUCAAGUGGGUCCGAAAAUCAGGCUGAUGUCAUAAGAGAAGAUCGAAAAGGGUCCAAAGAUGUUUUGGAACCUAAAAUCAGUACUUGUCCUGUUAGCCAAACCUCAAGAGUUCCGUCAGUUGAGAAUCAAGAGUUGAAUGAAAACAAUGCUGGACAAACUCUUUAUAACCCUGGUUCACUUUCGGAAAUAUGUCUUAAGGUAGAAAUGCUAAAAGCACAGCAUCCUCCUUUUGCAGCAACAGCUUCUGCAAUGGACCUGGAUGCGGAAAGCGAUGCUCCAAAUUCUGCCACACUGCAUACACCUGCCAGCAAUCCUGAAGUACUUGUCAACUUCACAGCCACAGACUCCUCUUCGGAAGAUGAAAACGAACAUGUGGCUAGUCUGUCGUCAGAUGACUCCACGGAACAUGAUGCUGUUGAGGGAUCGCAGUCUGAUGAUGGGACAGGUCCAAUUAAUGAUGAAGAACAAGGCUCUGCCUCUCAACAAUUUCCAGCGGUUGGCGACAGCUUCCUGGAUGUUUCUCGAGCAUAUGAAGAAGAUGUUCUUGUACUGGACGUGAUACAGGAUGAUCCAGAGUUGUUCGGGGCUGUUGUUACUGAAACUGUGAGUAAACAGGACACGUCCGCAGAGGAGAAUGAGAAGAUGCAGUCGAAGACAGAAGACAAACUUCAAACAGGGAAUCAUUGCAAGAUUGUGUGGGACCUAAAUGCAGAUGGCACCAGCAAAUCUUGCCAAACUGCUGCAGACAUCAGGACUGAUAGUGUGAACGAUGGCAGUUCUCUGACAGUUAUGGAGACAGAGAAUUACAGAGCUCAACCUGUCCAGGGAAUGAGUACUUCAGAGUCAGAGAAUGCCACAGACUGCAAUAACAACCAAGAAAUGAGACAAACAAACAAUCUGUAUGGCAUUACAGUAAUAAACACAAGAGCAACAAGACUUGUGAUGGACACAUGCAGUAAUGGGUACGAAGUGACUGCAAAAGAGACUUCUGCUUUGAGAACUUUAAACUGUAAUUAUUGUUGGUUCUACUUCAGUGAAUAUAACUCCUGUAUGCGAUGUCCCUGUCGGUUCCUUCACGUACCUAGAGAUGGAGAUGAAAGGUUCUGCAUGGAUACAGUGAAGAAGUUCUGUCAUACUGGUAAUCAUGCCCUUAUUCUACGAGCAGUGGAGGUGUUUAUGGGAUAUUACAGCAGUUGUUCUCCCAGUGUGAGUUUCAGCCAGGAGACUGUCAAUUUUCUGCUCUCAUCUCUCCUUAAUUUGUGCUUGCUGAGGGAAUUUGAUGCAGUCAUUAACUUGCUUCUCAACCACAAGAGACUGCCUCCACCUGAGAUUGUGUUAGCCGUUUUUAAUCUUGUGGGAGAAAGAGGGCUGAUGAACUUUGUACCUGAGCUCAUUCACCUCACCUCAAAGAUUGUGGAGGCAGGAUGUGUAUUCAGUGUGGAUCAGUGUGAGAUCAUGCAGAGUCAUCUCCAAAUGAUGCAGGUUCCUAGACAGCAGAUGGACAUUUUCAUGGCUGUUAAAUGCAGAGCUCUGGUAACAAACCCCCACACCUCUGAGCUGUCAGAUCUGGCCCAGGCUGUUGUUAGAGUUGAGAUGCUGAAGCAUCAGGAAGAUUGGGCUGGACUAGCACUACUAUUCUGCAAUGUUUGUGAGGGCUCACACAGUCAAAUAGAACUUCUCAGGUUUUGCUGCUGUGUUACAAUGGCACUCCUGAAAGAGCCCAAAGGCAAACACACCCUACCAUAUGAGCUGUUUGCUGAAUCAGUGUGUCAGCAAGUCUCGUCCAGUGACAUGAUAAAAAACAUCCUGGGGAGAAUUGGAGUCUCUCUGAUCUUCAGGUACCACAGGACACGAGAUUGGAAUAAGGGAAUGAAGCUGGUCAGUGUGCUGUUCAGGCUGCACAUUGAGUUCAUCACUCUGAAAGGGCUUAUGGGGAACGAACACAGGGUGUCUCGCUGUCAACUGGUCACUAUGGCAACGGAGUUCUUCCUCUAUAGCGGGAGUAUUGAGGGAGCGUUGAAAGUGCUGAGAGCUGAUGGCUGGUUUGUGAGCUCGAGCACGUGGCCUUGUGAGCAGGCUGACGUUGAAAAUCGAAAACAUGUCCUGACGCUCUUAGCUGGGAAAACCUCACACAGAGACGCCUUUGAGAUUCUUACCAACUUACCCGGAAUCAAAGAACCGAUGAAUGGUGUGCAGAUAAACGACUACACUGAAACAUUCAGUGCUCAUCUACGUAUGUGCUUGCUAAAGCAGACGUUGCCAGUCGCAGCAGACAUUCUUGAGUUCAUGCUAACACAUGGUAUGGUGCCUGAAACCAUCCAGCUACAGAACCUCAUCCAUAGACUGGGCAAACAGAACAACUGGAGCCGUGCCAGGGGCCUUUUUAAACGUGCUCAGUCAGCAGGGUUUUACUCUGCAGUGGUGUGUGAGAGAGACUCUCUGUUUCUGCCAUGUAGUCUCACUGAAAUUGAAAUGACACUGGCCUUUGAGAUGUUCAUCACCCUUAUUAAUACCAAACUACCCGCCCCGGAUGGAGCCUCACAGCCACUCGUCAUUACGCUCAGAAGGCACGCCGAUGUUGAGGAUGUAACGGAGAGUGUGUACUUGGCAGCCGGUUGUCGGCUGCUCUCUGCAGCUCUCAUACCAAACCCCAAAUUGAGCAUCCGCUACACAACUGUCAAUAAAAGCCAAGAGCAACUGUUUCAGCUGGACCGUGGGUCUGCCCACAAAUGGUUUUUGCAGAACGAGCGGUGGGCGCGAGAGAUUUGGGCAAGCUAGCAUACACACACAUGCUUGUGAACAGUCCCAAAACAAACUUCUCAGUGUAAUCGAAGGUUAAUUUAUGUUGUGGACUGUUGAAGCUUUGAGACUUCUUGAAACUGGUUGCACAAUUUUUUUUGUGGUGUUUGUUUUAUAUAUUUCUUUGUUAAACAAUUAUUGAAGGACAAGAUUGUUUAGUUUUGAGUUGUAAAUAGAAAAAAAAGUUUUGUAAUAUUUAGUUUCAUGUUCUUAACAAUUUCAACUUCCAGAGAUUUACAUCUGAGGCUGCGAAAACGUUCAUAUGGAAAGAAAAAACAAUUAACAACUACCAAAAAAUAACGGUUGCCGUAAAUAUAUAUAAAAAGCUUUUCUAAAACAGUAUUGCAUUUGUGAAGUUUUCCAUUUUUUUUCUACUAAAGGCUUGGAUAAAGAUUUGACAACACAGAGUUACUUUCACGGUUUGACUUAUCAAUAAGAAAUUGUCCAAUUCAUUUGGUGAGUAGACUACAAAAUCAUAUGGUACACACGGUAGCUCUGAAAGGCACUUACAUACAUUCAUAUGAAAGACAUUCCAUCAUUGGAUACACUUUGUCUUGUUCUGCCACGUGUACAUUUCAGUUUGUUCAGUUUAGCUGAAAAUACAAAUAAAUUUAAAAUUAAUACCAAUCUGAUGUGAGUUUUAUUAUAUUUUGUCCACAUU